AAUAGUGGCUGUUAUCACUUCCGUUUAUCUUUCAGAUGGUGGGAAGCUAUAAAUAGUUUAUCCUGAAGGAAUUUAUCUCAUUUCGAAUUAAUGAAUGGUUUAUUUGACCGGAAUUUUUAGAUCCUUCUUUUGCAUAUUUUAAGCAAAAAUGGAAGUAGAGAGUGUUAUGGUUACAGGUGCUAACAAAGGCAUUGGUUUAGAAUUAGUGAAAGAGUUGGUAAAGUUGCCAAAGCCCCCUCGCUUUGUAUUUGCUACAUACAGAGAUGAAAGUACCACACAGGCUCUAAAAGAAAUUAAAGAUGCGUCUAAAGAUACCGAAGUCGUUCCUGUUAAAAUGGAUAUCACGAAAACGAUUGAGAUCGCAGAUGCAAGGAAAAUCGUCGAGAGCAAAGUUGGUGACAAAGGAUUGAAUCUUCUAAUCAACAAUGCUGGAGUGUUGGCGAUGCAAGGAUUUCCUGAAAUAACGAAGGAAAACAUGUUGCUGCAUUUUUCCACCAAUACUAUUGGCCCAGUCAUGGUUUUGAAGGAAAUGCUGCCUUUGCUGCAGAAAUCAGCUGCUCAGAAAGAUAGCGGGAUGAAUAUUUCCAGAGCAGCUGCUCUCAAUAUUUCAUCCAGUGGUGGUUCCAUGGAUUCGCUUUCUCGGGAACAGUCGAAGCAAUUUCUGGCGGCCAUGGGUUACAGAACCAGCAAGGCUUCUCUGAAUAUGGCCAUGAAAGUGGUUGCCCUUACAGUGAAGGACCAAGGCAUUUUGGUAGUGAAUAUGUGUCCUGGCUGGGUUAAGACUGACAUGGGCACUGAUUUCGCGCAACUGACUCUCUCUGAGAGUAUUUCCAGCAUUUUGAAAACCUUGCCUCAACUCAACGAGUCACACCAUGGGGCCUUCCUGGACCGAAACGGAAAAGUCAUUCCCUACUGAAAGAAAGAUUUCAGCCUUCCUGUGUGUUAUAGCUGAGAAUUUCUCUAAAAUGUCACCGGGGAAAAUUGACUGUUGCAUUUUUAUUACAUAUUGUGCUUCCUAUACAUUCAAGAAGUAAUAUACUCUGUUGUAUAUUUAAUAAUAAAUGUUUAUAUUAACAUUCGAA